GUGGCUGCCCCCUGCAUCCCUCCAUCCAGCCAUGAACUGGUGCCCAUCAACACUGAGAGCGCCCUGAAGAAUGUAGCCGACACGGGAGAAGGAGCUUUCCGGGGUGGAAACACACGGAAAAGCCUUGAGGAAGACGGCUCUGCCAGAGUCACCCUGAGCGUCCAGCCCCAUCCUCAGCCUAUCAGAAACAUGAGUGUGAGCCGGGCCAUGGAGGACAGCUGUGAGCUGGACCUAGUGUACGUCACUGAGAGGAUCAUCGCCGUCUCCUUCCCCAGCACGGCCAACGAGGAAAACUUCCGGAGCAACCUCCGAGAGGUGGCCCAGAUGCUCAAGUCCAAGCAUGGCGGCAGCUACCUGCUUUUCAACCUUUCUGAGCGGAGGCCGGACAUCACAAAGCUCCACGCCAAGGUACUGGAAUUUGGCUGGCCUGACCUUCACACCCCCGCCCUGGAGAAGAUCUGCAGUGUCUGCAAGGCCAUGGACACUUGGCUCAACGCAGACCCUCACAACGUCGUCGUUCUACACAAUAAGGGAAACCGAGGCAGGAUAGGCGUUGUCAUUGCGGCUUACAUGCACUACAGCAACAUUUCUGCCAGCGCUGAUCAGGCCCUGGACCGGUUUGCCAUGAAGCGGUUCUAUGAGGAUAAGAUUGUGCCCAUUGGCCAGCCAUCCCAGAGAAGGUACGUGCACUACUUCAGUGGCCUGCUCUCUGGCUCCAUCAAAAUGAACAACAAGCCCUUGUUUCUGCACCACGUGAUCAUGCACGGCAUCCCCAACUUUGAGUCUAAAGGAGGGUGUCGGCCCUUUCUCCGGAUCUACCAGGCCAUGCAGCCUGUCUACACAUCUGGCAUCUAUAAUGUCCAAGGAGACAGCCAGACCAGCAUCUGCAUCACCAUCGAGCCUGGGCUGCUCUUGAAGGGAGACAUCUUGCUGAAGUGCUACCACAAGAAGUUCCGGAGCCCAGCCCGAGAUGUCAUCUUCCGUGUGCAGUUCCACACCUGUGCCAUCCAUGACCUGGGGGUUGUCUUUGGGAAGGAAGACCUUGAUGAUGCCUUCAAAGAUGAUCGAUUUCCAGAAUAUGGCAAAGUAGAAUUUGUAUUUUCUUAUGGACCAGAGAAAAUUCAAGGCAUGGAACACCUGGAGAACGGGCCAAGUGUGUCUGUGGACUAUAACACCUCUGACCCCCUCAUCCGCUGGGAUUCCUAUGACAACUUCGAUGGGCAUCGAGAGGAUGGCAUGGAGGAAGUGGUGGGACACACUCAGGGGCCUCUGGAUGGGAGCCUGUAUGCCAAGGUGAAGAAGAAGGACUCCCUGCAUGGCAGCACUGGGGCCGUCAACGCCGUGCGCCCUGCCCUGUCGGCCACCCCCAACCACGUGGAGCACACCCUCUCCGUGAGCAGCGACUCAGGCAACUCCACAGCCUCCACCAAGACAGACAAGACCGAUGAGCCAGCCCCCGGCCCCUCCAGCGCCCCCGCUGCCCUGAGUCCUGAGGAGAAGCGCGAGCUGGACCGCCUGCUCAGUGGCUUCGGUGUUGAGAGAGAGAAGCCAGCUCCCAUGUACCACACGCAGCAUCUCCGGUCCCGCCCCGCAGGGGGCCCAGCUGCACCCGCCGCUGGCCGCCAUGUCGUCCCAGCCCAGGUUCACGUCAACGGCGGGACCUUGGCAUCCGAGCGGGAGACAGACAUCCUGGAUGAUGAGUUGCCCAACCAGGAUGGGCACAGCGUGGGCAGCAUGGGCACACUCUCCUCCCUGGACGGGGUCACCAACACCAGUGAGGGGGGCUACCCAGAGGCCCUGUCCUCACUGACCAACGGUCUGGACAAGUCUUUCCCAGGAGAACCGAUGGUCAAUGGCGGGGGCUACCCCUAUGAGUCUGCCAGCCGGGCGGCGCCUGCCCAUGUCGGCCACCCUGCCCCUGUGCGGCCCUCCUACUCGGCACAGGAGGGUUUAGCCGGCUACCAGCGGGAGGGGCCCCACCCAGCCUGGCCACAGCCAGUACCCACCUCCCACUAUGGCCUUGACCCCAGUGGUAUGUUCCGCUCCCAGUCCUUUCCGGAGAGCGAGCCCCAGCUGCCCCCAGCUCCAGCCCGCAGUGGCAGCAGCCGGGAGGCUGUGCAGAGGGGUCUGAAUUCCUGGCAGCAGCAGCAGCAGCAGCAGCAGCAGCCUCGUCCCCCUCCUCGCCAGCAGGAGAGAGCCCACCUGGAGAGUCUCGGGCACAGCAGGCCCAGCCCUCAGCCGCUGGCAGAGACCCCCACCCCCGGCCUCCCUGAGUUCCCAAGGGCGGCCUCCCAGCAGGAGAUCGAGCAGUCCAUCGAAGCACUGAACAUGCUGAUGCUGGAUUUGGAGCCCGCGGCGGCAGCCGCCCCCUUGCACAAGUCCCAGAGCGUGCCGGGGGCCUGGCCGGGCGCUUCCCCGCUGUCCUCCCAGCCUCUCUCUGGCUCCCCCUGCCAGCCCCAUCCCCUGACCCAGUCCAGGUCUGGCUACAUCCCCAGUGGGCAUUCCUUGGGAACCCCUGAGCCAGCCCCACGGUCCUCCCUGGCCCUGGAGUCCUUCCCUUCUGGCAGGCCAUACUCACCUUAUGAUUAUCAACCAUGUCCUGCUGGGUCCAGCCAGAGCUUCCGUCCAAAAAGCCCAGCCUCCUCCUCCUCGUCCGCCUUCCUUCCAACCACCCAGAGCCCUCCAGGGCCUCAGCAGCCCCCAGUCUCUCUCUCUGGCCUUCCCGCUCAGCCUCAGUUCUCACCAAAGGAGGCAACUUCAGACCCAUCCCGCACUCCAGACGAGGAGCCACUGAACCUGGAGGGGCUGGUAGCCCACCGGGUAGCAGCAUACAACGCCAAGCUGCAGGGCAUGGGACACACCGGCUUCCAGCUGCGUCCUCUCCACCGGCUCCGAUCUUCCUCCCUCUCCGGGGUGCAGGCUCGGGAGAAGCAGCCUGCAGAGCCCCCUGCCCCUCUCCGGAGGCGGGCAGCCAGCGAUGGACAGUAUGAGAACCAGUCUCCAGAACCCGCGUCCCCCCGUAGCCCUGGGGUUCGUUCCCCUGUCCAGUGCGUCUCCCCUGAGCUGGCUCUCACCAUUGCCCUCAAUCCUGGAGGGCGACCCAAAGAGCCCCAUCUGCACAGCUACAAGGAGGCCUUUGAGGAGAUGGAGGGAACCUCCCCGACCAGCCCACCGUCCAGUGGGGUGCGCUCCCCUCCAGGUCUGGCCAAGACACCCCUGUCUGCUCUCGGCCUGAAACCCCACAAUCCAGCGGACAUCCUGUUGCACCCUACAGGUGUCGCCAGAAGACUGAUCCAGCCAGAGGAGGAUGAGGGGAAGGUGGUGACUGAGCUUCCCAAAGAGCCCCGGAGCUAUGUGGAGUCGGUGGUGAGGACAGCAGUGGCUGGACCCCGAGCUCAGGACCCCGAGCCCAAGAGCUUUAGCGCCCCAGCUGCCCAGGCCUAUGGCCAUGAGACGCCCCUGAGGAACGGGACCCUGGGAGGCUCCUUUGUCUCCCCCAGCCCCCUCUCCACCAGCAGCCCCAUUCUCAGCGCUGACAGCACUUCGGUGGGGAGUUUCCCGUCUGGGGAAAGCAGUGACCAGGGCCCCCGGACACCCACCCAGCCUCUGCUGGAUUCGGGCUUCCGUCCCGGGAGCCUGGGCCAGCCCAGCCCUUCGGCUCAGAGAAACUACCAGAGCUCUUCUCCUCUCCCGCCUGUGGGCAGCAGCUACGGCGGCCCCGACUACUCCCUUCAGCAGUUUGGCUCCCCGGAAGGCCAGGCGCGGUCUCAGUUCGCUGUGGCCGGCGUCCACACGGUGCCUGGGAGCCCUCAGGCACGCCACAGGACAGUGGGCACCAACACCCCCCCCAGUCCUGGCUUUGGCCGCCGGGCCAUCAACCCCAGCCUGGCAGCCCCUGGUAGUCCCAGUCUGAGCCACCGCCAGGUGAUGGGUCCAGCAGGAACUGGUUUCCAUGGCAGCACCGUCUCCAGCCCCCAGGGUAGUGCAGCGACCACUCCGGGAAGCCCCAGCCUGGGCCGGCAUCCCGGGGCCCACCAGGUUCCUGGCCUCCAUGGUGGUAUGGCCACGACUCCGGGAAGCCCCAGUCUGGGCCGGCACCCCGGGGCCCACCAAAGCAGCCUGGCUCCUGGUCUCCAUGGCAACACGAUAGCCAGCCCGGGAAGCCCCAGCAUGGGCCGGCACCUGGGAGGGUCUGGAUCUGUGGUUCCCGGCAGCCCUAGCCUGGACCGGCACGUGGCCUACGGUGGUCACUCCACCCCCGAGGACCCAAGACCCACACUGUCCCGGCAGAGCAGUGCCUCUGGCUACCAGGCUCCCUCCACGCCCUCCUUCCCCGUGUCCCCUGCCUACUACCCGGGCCUGAGCAGCCCUGCCACCUCCCCGUCGCCGGAUUCAGCAGCUUUCCGUCAAGGGAGCCCCACACCAGCCUUGCCGGAAAAGCGGAGGAUGUCCGUGGGAGACCGUGCGGGCAGCCUCCCCAACUAUGCCACCGUCAACGGGAAGGUGUCCUCCUCGCCUGUGGCCAGCGGCAUGUCCAGUCCCAGCGGGGGCAGCACUGUCUCUUUCUCCCACACGCUGCCCGACUUCUCCAAGUACUCCAUGCCAGACAACAGCCCUGAGACACGGGCUAAAGUGAAGUUUGUUCAGGACACUUCCAAGUAUUGGUACAAGCCUGAGAUCUCCAGAGAGCAGGCCAUCGCACUCCUCAAGGACCAGGAGCCAGGGGCCUUCAUCAUCCGCGACAGCCACUCCUUCCGAGGGGCCUACGGGCUGGCCAUGAAGGUGUCUUCUCCCCCUCCGACCAUCAUGCAGCAGAAUAAAAAAGGGGACAUGACCCAUGAGCUGGUGAGACAUUUCCUGAUCGAGACCGGCCCCAGAGGAGUCAAGCUCAAGGGGUGCCCCAAUGAGCCAAACUUUGGGUCUCUCUCUGCCCUCGUCUACCAGCAUUCCAUCAUCCCACUGGCUCUGCCCUGUAAGCUGGUCAUUCCAAACCGAGACCCCACAGAUGAGUCGAAAGCUAGCUCGGGCCCUGCCAACUCCACCACUGAUCUGCUGAAGCAAGGGGCAGCCUGCAACGUGCUGUUCGUCAACUCCGUGGAUAUGGAGUCGCUCACUGGGCCACAGGCCAUUUCCAAAGCCACUUCUGAGACGCUGGCUGCUGACCCCACACCAGCUGCCACCAUCGUUCACUUCAAAGUUUCUGCCCAGGGAAUCACAUUGACUGACAACCAGAGAAAGCUCUUCUUCAGGCGACACUACCCACUCAACACUGUCACCUUCUGUGACCUGGAUCCUCAGGAGAGAAAGUGGAUGAAAACAGAAGGAGGUGUCCCCGCUAAGCUCUUCGGCUUCGUGGCCCGGAAGCAGGGCAGCACCACUGACAACGCCUGCCACCUCUUCGCUGAGCUUGACCCCAACCAGCCCGCCUCCGCCAUCGUCAACUUCGUCUCCAAGGUCAUGCUGAAUGCCGGCCAGAAGAGAUGAACGCCACCCCUCGCCCGGGGCCAGGGCAGUGGGGAUGGGGCAUGUGGGGAGGGGACCCAUGAAUCCUGACCACCCUUGAAUCCAGAAGGAGGACUUUGGGCCAAUUUUGGAGAAGGAGAGAAGAAAGUGCAACGUGGGGAGGGGGAAGUGAAUUGCAGAGGGGAAGGGGGAGAGAGAGAAAGAGAGAGAGAGAGAGAGAAAGAAAAAGAUGGAGGAGAAUAACUCGGAUUCCCCUGGGUAGAUGAAUACUGUGGAGCCCCCAAAGCCUCCACUGCCCACCAGGGCCACCUGACUCCCCCCACCCCUCUGAGAGGAUGGGGCUCCUCCGAGGAGACCGACCAGCUCCUUGGGAUCUGUCAUUUGGGAGUAUAUGGAAAAGCUCUGUCUCCCUAACCCUACUGCUUGGCAAGGAGAAAUCAGAUUGAGAGCAUCCUUUUCUGGCUGCCUCUGGGGUAAAUGGGUGAACCAAAUAGAGCCAGCAUGGGACAUCAA